AUGGUGUGGUUGGAUUGUGGGAUUCAGGAGGGAAAGAGGCUCCGUCCAACCAAGCUGGGCAGCCUCCAGCUGCUACAUUCUGAGAAACUGAGGCCGGCGGUGGCCUGCAAACAGGAGCAUACACUGGGGUCGCCUGCUGCCCACCUGGUGGGAUUAGAGGGCCUGGGCAGCCCCCCUGACAACACAGCUGCAGCUGCCUGUGUGAUCACUUCUGGGGGCAUCACCAGCGAAACCUCGACCUCCUCGACUUCCAUGGCAGGAUCAUCCGGAUCUCCUGGGUCUGAAAAGCCAGGGCCUGGGGGCGGGGGUCUCCCCCCCAACCCCACCUCCCACGGGGCCAUGCUGGUGGCCCGCCGCAACCCCCCAACGCUGCACAUGGUGCUGGAGGCCCUGCAGGAGGGGGAGCAGCGCCGGGGCAUGUCCGUGGUGGCCAUCAAGCGCUACAUUCUGCACAAGUACCCGACGGUGGACAUCACCCGCUUCAAGUACCUGCUGAAGCAGGCCCUGGCCACGGGCAUGCAUCGCGGCCUCCUCACCAGGCCGCUCAACUCCAAGGCCAAGGGGGCCACCGGCAGCUUCAGGUUAGUUCCUAAGCACAAGAGGAAAAUCCGGCCCAGGAGGACGGCUGCCUCGGUGGCCCCCGGGGGAGCUGGGGAGGCCAAGGAGAAGGUCCCCAAGAAACCAAGCACAGCAAAGAAGGGCCCUCCCAGCUUGGGCAAGGUGGAAAGGGCAGCGGAGAAGCCUGGAGAGGUGAGGAAGGUGCCUCCCAAACCAUGUGCAGCCAAGCAGAAGGCCCCCAAGAAAGGCAACAAGGCCAAGGACAUCAAGGCAAAACCGGUUGAGGCUACAAAGGCCCCCCCAAAGCCAGACAAGACCACAGGGGCCCCUUCCAAUGCCAGCGGGCUCAGCAAAAAGUCAAAGGUCAAAGGCAGUAGGAACGGCCAAGGAGAUGCCGAGGCCCACAGGAAAAUCAAGUCUGAGAGUAAGAGCUCAAGACCCGCAGUCGGCAAGGGCAAGACUGGGGCUGCUUCCCCAGCCAGGAAGAAGACGUUGGCCAAGGCCCCUCAAGGGGCAGCUGCCCAGGGGUCUAGGGAGGGACCAAACGCCAGGGCAGCUUUUCCUGCUAAGGGCAGUGGGUCCAAGAUGGCACCUGCACACCUGGCCACGAAGACGGAGGUCCCCAUGGCCCCGAGAAAGCCUGGGCAGCCCGUUAAGGCCGCGGCAUCCAAGGUGCUUAGCAAGAGGGCCGAAGCCUAG